AUAGGAUGCCGGUUCUGGCUUGUCAACAACCGAUGAUGAGCCUAACGAUCGUCAGGCAUGCACCCAGGGGGGCUGCCUCAAGAAUUUAUCAAGCAGCCAAUCGAUCGUUUAUGACCAGCACGGCGUCUCGGUCCGCUCAACAACUCGCUGGUUACAACGGCUCCACACCCCUCUACCAUCAUCAACCUUCCGGCCAGCUUUCCUUUCUUGAUACUCCGCCAGUCUUUCCAGGCUCGCCCACAGUGAUCGGAACCCUGUCUGCUCAAGGCAGGUUUCAGGGAAAUCCAUCCUUCGUCGACCUGCUACAUUCCGUGUUUUGUGGCGUUUACUUGGACGACCCCUAUGUACGCGACUUGGCACUCUCGAGGAAGUCAGCCUCUGCGGACAGCUACUUGCACGUGCUUGGUACUCGGACGAAGAGUCAACACAUAAACGAUCGCGACCCCGCAUCGAUCAUCUUCUCUUUCCUGGCACAAUCCACCACAGGGUUACCUGUCCCAGACACCUACGAGCCGAAUCCAGCACUCAGAAUCUACACUCCCUUGGACGGCUUCCUCGUCUUUCCUGCUUCCCUUCAACAGGCCCUUUUGAAAGGCUGCAAAGUGGCCCGAAUGAUCGAAGAAGAUUCUACAAAUUGA